UUAUAAUAUUAAUACAAAUAGUAAUGAUAUUAUACAGAAGAAUCUGUUCUUACAGGAGGGGCUCUAACUUUUUAGCACCAUAUACUCUUCUGGUGUGAGCGAUAUUAACCCCUCUCAAUCUAAACCGUAUGAAAUCACUGCAGCCGACACCAUAGAUAUCAUUGUAUGAGCCCUAACAAAAAACACACAAGUCAUGGCGAGAGUCAGUCCUUUAUUAUAUAAUAAAACAGACAAAAAAGCACAAUAUAUCAAAUUUUACCUUAAUUUUCUCUAUUUUCAGUGUAUACAAAGCUUAUUUCCAUGAUGGUGAAUUAUAGAGACGCUAUCACUUUAAAUGGAGUCCGGUGACAUCAUCACUGCAGGUUACAUAAUCCAGCGCCGACCGGUUUCUGAUGAGAGUUGGAGUUGGAGUUGGUAAGUAUAGGAUCUCCUCUCCUCCUGGGGAUCUUUUCCAUUAUUUUCUGCAUAUUUUCAGUACAUUUUCUUACUGUAAUGUUUUCUCUUCUAUGAUUUUAGGAGAUAUUUGCGAUUUGCUACUGCCAAAAAUCUUUUUGAGCCGAGGAGGAGGAGGAGCUUUGAGGAGGAGGAGUGAGGAGAAGCUUGGAGGAGGAGUGAGGAGCGUAUUCGUGGACAUGGACCGGCCCCCAGAGGACAUCGACUUUUUUCGAUUUUUCCUGAUGCAGGGACCACCCGGACUGAGACCGCCACCCGGACUGAGACCACCACCCGGACUGAGACCACCACCCGGACUGACCCCACCUGGAUUGCGACCACCACCCGGACUGACCCCACCUGGAUUGCGACCACCGCCUGGACUGACACCACCUGGAUUGACACCACCCGGACUGCGAGGACCACCCGGACUGACACUGCCAGCAGCGAGGACCCCGGAGAUGGAGCGCCUUCCCAAAGACCAGGAAGAAGAAAGCCUUGAUGUCUCCUGGAUGAUGUCUUCGGCACUGCUGCCUUUUUUUAUUAACACAGGAGGAGCUGAGACCAAAGAUGUGCCAGAGGAGGAGCCUGAGGACCAGCCGGAGGAGGAUGACCUGGAGCACGUGGAGUCGAUUGAGGACUACAUGGACUGCGAGGAGCCGGAGGAGAAAGACCUGGAGCACGCGGAGCCAGAGGAGGACCAUCUGGAGUACGCAGAGCCGGAGGAAGACUAUGCGACGUGUGACGAGAUGGAGGAGGACCACCUGGAGCAUGCAGAGCCGGAGGAGGUCUAUCUGACGUAUGUCGAUUCGGAGGAGGAGCUGAUCCCUGACCAGCACGAGCUGUUUGAAUAUCUGGAUGAGUGGCGUGACCUGACGAGACCGCUUUGGAUCGGGAUCACCCAGCGCUACGAUUACGACCAGGACGAUGACGAUGACGGGCCGAUCUUUAUGAAGCUGGAUGACGGGAUCAGGCUCCCGGAUUUCCCCGCCGCAAAGACCGUCGUGGAGGAGGAAGAACCGGCAGCCGCAGCCAGCACCGAUGGAGACCAGAGGGAGGACGAUGCCCCGGACCAGAUUAGCAGCAGGAGGACCAUCCUAUCCAGGCUGAGGGCGCUGUUCAGCUGCUGCUGUGCCACAGAAGACGAGUAAAAGGUAACACCGUGCCAUCAGAAGGAGGAGGAGGAGAAAACUCCAUUACCACCUGGAGUUAGAGGAGGGGGUGCCCAUAACAUCAAGAGGUAAAGGAGGCACCUUUAACACCAGGAGGAAUCAUUUACCUCAUAUGGGGUAGGAGACCCCAUUUUACAUCAUUAAUUGGAGGAAAAGACUCCCUUUACAUCUAGUGGAGUCUGGAGGAGGUGCCCUUAAAGGGCUUACCUGCAGAACUGAGACGAUAUUGCUUUUCCUUGCUCCCUGGUGGCUCACUUCUGGUUUGGUGUCAUCUUAUUCUGAUACCUUCUGGUAUGAAGAACACAAG